GAUGAAAUUGGAACAGAUUUACGUGGCAGCCGGAUGCAACCGGUUCUUGAAGUGCUUGUCUUGGCGCAAGGAUCUCUUACUCUACGGAUCUUGUAACUCUGUCGUGCUAGUGAAGAAAUUGUCCAAAUCGGAUGAUUUUGAGGUUCUCAAAUCGUUCGUGGCUCAUUCUGACGACGUUCGAUGUGUGUCUUGGAUGACGGACGAUAUAUUCGUGUCCACAUCCUCAGAUUCCACAGCAAUUGUUUGGAAGCGACUGGCUGAUUUCUCUUUUGUACCAUGGAAGAUCUUAAAGGGUCAUGCCUCUUCGGUCACUGCCUGCUCUGGAUAUCAACAUGAAUCCACCCUAUGGAUCGCUACAGCCUCGGGAGACUCGUCGGUGAAGAUGUGGAAGAUUGAUCUAAACAUGAUGAAGGAAGACGGAGAGGAGACGUCCUGUCAAACUAUUGAUCUGAAAAGCGGGUUUGCUUUGGAAGUGAAGUUUCACGUUCUUGAUGGAAACGUUCCACUAUUAGUCGUAGCUCGAGAUAAUUCCAAGCUCCAGGUAUAUGGACGAGAUCCCAAAGGCAAAGUGGAGUCAAACGACCUCACCCUGAUUCACAAUCUGUCUGGUCAUGACAACUGGAUCGUCAGCCUGGAUCUGAUACAAGUCCAAGACGAUUACCUGUUGGCGUCGGGAAGUCAGGACUCGUUUAUUCGGGUUUGGAGACUCUCGCCCAGAACAGAGGCUCAAGCGAAAAUGGUGCAAAAGUCUGUAAAAGACUCGAAGGAUGAAGAGAUCAAAAUGAAGGAAGAAAUCGUGGGUAUGAAAUGCUUCUCGGAAACUAAGGAAACCAAAUAUUUUGCCAUCAUCCUUGAAACAGUCCUGGCAGGCCAUGAAGAUAAGGUGCAAAGUGUCCAAUGGCGCCCAAGAUUUGAAGAUCAAUCACUGACCUUGCUUUCUUGCUCAAUGGAUAAAACUGUCAUCGUCUGGACGUCAAGUCCUGAUUUGGGAGAGAUUUGGGAACAGUCUGCAAGGUUUGGAGAAGUGGGAGGAAAUACCCUGGGUUUCAUGGGAUGCCAAUACGACGACAACGCAGAGCAAAUCCUUGGAUAUAGUUUCACGGGCUCAUUUCACUACUGGGCCAAUGUUAACGCUGAGUGGAAACCAUUCAAAACAAUAGGUGGACAUUUUGGGCCCGUGGAAGAUCUUGAUUGGGAGCGCAACGGAAGGUAUCUCGUUUCGACUAGCUUGGAUCAGACCACGAGGUUACAUGCUCCAUAUAGAGUGUCAAAUACAAGUGAAGCUGUGUCUUGGCAUGAACUGGCUCGUCCUCAAGUGCAUGGUUACGAUUUGACAUGCAUCACCAUGUUGCCCAAUCACCGAUUCGCCUCUGGUGCAGAGGAAAAAAUCGUCCGUACUUUCGAAACUACUCGGACUUUCCUGGCUAAUCUAAGAUCCAUCUCCAAAGAGACUAUUCAGGAAAACGAGAACAUGGUGCCACGAAUGGCGUUGGUGCCAUCUCUCGGUCUCUCAAACAAGGGCGUUAAUGCUGACGAAAACGAAGGCGAUUCAAAUUCAAUAACUUACGACGUGUUCGAAACCCCACCCACUGAAGAGACUCUCUACCAACAAACUCUAUGGCCGGAGGUUUAUAAGCUCUAUGGGCAUGGCUACGAGAUCUUCUGUCUGGCCAGUAAUGCCCAAGGGACCUUGAUAGCCUCGGCCUGUAAGGCUAGUAAAGCUGAGCACGCGGAGGUCAUCUUGUGGUCGGUUGACUCAUGGGAAAUCGCUCAACGAUUGUCCGGUCAUGACCUCACGGUGACGCAAAUGGCGUUUUCACCCAACGACCAAUAUCUUCUCACGGUUUCCAGAGACCGGACUUGGUGUCUGUUUGGGAAGUCUGGAGAGACGUAUACCAAAAUUCAACGAUCCAAGGACAAAGCUGUCCAUCAAAGACUAAUUUGGUCAUGCAGUUGGUCAGAAGAUUCGAAAUUUUUUGCCACGUGUUCCCGAGACAAAAAGUUGGCAAUGUGGAAACUCGAAGAAGAUAAGGAAGUAAGAGUCUCGUUAGGGUGUAGAGAAGUUCAGUCUCUCCAAGAUUCCAUCACUGCUGUGGCUUUUGCGCCAAAUCUGGAGGGGGGCCAAAAAUAUGUCGUGGCUUGUGGACUGGAGAAUGGAAGUAUCAUGCUGAUCUCAUUUGAUCCAAAAGCUGAUAAAGAAUGGAACGUUGUGAAGCAUUUGGGACCGAAUGAUGCUCAUCAUAAAACCGUGAAGAGGCUUAAAUUUGCCCGACAUGGUGACUCCAUCAUCUUAGCCUCAUGCAGCGCUGAUCACUCGGUGAAACUGUUUAAGCUGAUUAUGUAAUGCCGAAGAAAUAUAUCUCUUGCCCUA